AACCAUCCAAUUUAUCAGGUGAUGAUCAAAAUUUGGAAUUGUCGGAUAAUAAUUCAUCAGAGCAAUCUAAUUUAUCAUGUGAUAUAAAAGCCGUUGACAACGAUCAGAAUUCAUGCGAUAUAACUAAUAGUAGUGAUCAAAACUUGAAAAUUUCAGCCAGGCCCCCAGUCAAAAUAGUCAUAGGAAGAAAGGUGCAGAAAAAAUUGUCCAAAUGA